AUGUUAGGCCUGCUCGCUCUGUGCGAUUUGGUUACGUUCAUACUCGCCGAAUCAAUAUCGCGUAAAGCGACGUAUUCGGAUAUGUUCGCCCGUACCAAAAUGCUGCCAUUGGCUGCGGCCGCCUACAGCAACUCGCCGGAAUUGUGCCUCGCAAAUCGGUUCACUAACGCUACCGUAAGUGGAGUAGUUGUUAAUUCAACAUGUGGCCCUACGGCGAGCCAAGAGUUAUGUUCCGGAUUUACGGCAGUAAUUCAUGACGACGGAGCGAUUGCAAUCAGUUUCAGAGGUACUGAGGAUCACAGCCAACUAAUUGCUGAGGCCGAUCAAAGUCUGUUUGAUAGGCAGGUUAGCGCUCCAGUGAAAAUCAAAGACUCAGUCAAAUAUGUCUGA